GUCGCACCCUUCCCCAGCUAGCCAUGGCGACCGCGCCGCGGAGGCUGCUCCCCGCGCUCCUCAAGGCCCUAGCUCCAGCCGGCGCGCGCGGCCUCUCCACCGAGAAGGCUGUCGGCGCCGCCGCCGUCGCCGUCGUCGGCAGCCAUACCGCUAAGUGGAUGCAGGACACGAGCAAGAAGUCACCAAUGGAACUGAUCAACGAGGUACCUCCGAUCAAGGUUGAUGGCCGCAUUGCCGUUUGUGAAGGGGCUGCUGAAGGUGUUGGGCUUGGCCACCCAAUCGAGUAUAUCUGCCUUGAUCUGGAGGCACCCAACGUGUGCAAAUACUGUGGCCUCCGUUAUGUUCAAAUUCACCAUCACUAAAUAGGGAAGAUACUGGCGUUUACCGCUGCAGAAGUUUGGAGCUGAGGAGCUUAUGCAUGCACACUUGUUUCACUUAGUUCUGGUACUGGACUUCGCACUAUGCUUGGCGUCAAAACAUUAACUUUGAUGAUCAUCCUCUUUUCGGAUGACUAUUUAAUAAUCAUGGGUUAACUGUGUGUUGAUUUUUUUUACUAUAGAUGAAUUGUGCUCCCCUAUCAGAAUCUAUCCAAGCUGUAUGUAUUGAAAUCCUACUCUGAAAGUCUGAAUAUGAAAAGUAUGGAAUUUCUGAGGGCAAUUUAA